AAGAGACAAAUCAAGAUGGCUUCCAUGGAGGCACAUUGCUUCAAUUUAAAUCACUUGCGACACAAAUGUGCUUUGGGUGUCCUGUGGACGCCAUGAUAUACAUCAUAAUCAGCGUCAUCAUUCAUCCUUUGACUGCAUGGUACCAGUUGAACUGUUACGCUGGUCUGCUGCUACUGGCCGUUGAAGGGACAAAAUGGACUUCGCUUCUGUAAGAGGAAAUUCCUUGUGUGCCUGACAUACAACCAAAAGGAAGCGCCUGCAGAAAGAACUACAGGCUAUGACUAAAGAUCCACCUCCUGGUGUACAAGUGGACCAGGAAAGCUGUAGCCGCAGCUUGAGCGAAUGGGUUGUAGAUCUAGAAGGAGCGCAAGGCACUUUGUAUGAGGGAGAGAAGUUCCAGCUUCAGUUUAAAUUUGGUUCCAAAUACCCCUUUGAUUCACCGCAGGUGGUUUUCCUUGGCCCUAACAUUCCAGUCCAUCCUCACGUGUACAGCAAUGGGCAUAUAUGUUUGUCUAUUUUGACUGAAGACUGGUCACCAGCUCUUUCGGUACAAUCAGUAUGUCUGAGCAUAGUCAGCAUGCUAUCCAGCUGUACAGAAAAGAAACGGCCUCCAGACAAUGCAAUAUAUGUUAAAACGUGUAGCAACAAUCCCAAAAAGACACGAUGGUGGUAUCAUGAUGACAGUGUAUGAUGGUAGGGAGAGUACUGUGAAGAACAGUUAGCAGUCUGGAUGUUUGUGAACAAGGAUGCACACAACCCACUUCAUGUUUUCUCAGUCAUCUUGCAAACUACAUCUGUUUAUUUGCUGAGUAAAGUCUGUCAGCUCAACUUUUCUUUAUGCUUUUCUUUAUGGAAAGGUUUCAGUAGUUUUUACUUAACUAAUUGUUUUCAGCUCUGUCAGAUGUAUCUGCCUUGAAUCUGCCAAUGUUUUCAGUGCAUACCAGCUUUCAUAAGUGGCAUUUUCAGAUUUUGAUUUUUGAUUUUUCAAAAACUAUUUCAGGAAAUAAAAUGUUUAUUUUCUGUACAUGAAAGCCAUGGUAUGUGCACAUUUACUGUUUAAUUACUUUGAUAACAAAAAUGUUUCACGGAGUUAUUUUUAUUUCUUUGGGUAUUUAUUUAUAGCUUAUCGUCUCCUUUGAAUUUUCUGAGGACACAUUAAAUUUCAAUGUGAGAUGGAGAAUGAUGUGAAAAAACCCGAGAGGGCUGUGCAUAGACCUUAACUAGUGUGUAUGUAUGUCAGUGUGUGUGUGAGUGUGUGUACAUGUACUUGCAUGCAUGGAUGCAUACAAAACCUUAAGGCUAUAAAUGUGUGUGUGCAUGCUGACACAUAUGCUUAAUUCUAUCUACUUUGCAGGCAUGUGAAUAAAUAACGGUGUGAAAAUUCUGUUUUACACAAAUUACACAGCAGGAUUUGCUUAAUGUGUGCCUCUACAUCCUAAUUUAAUUGUUUGGAGUUUUGUGUGAUGCCAUCUCUUCCUUAAAAAAACCAGACAGAUAUUGUGUAAUAUAUAUGACCAUGUCACAUUUUUACACGAUUAUCCAAUUGUGUCAUUGUUCAACAUUAUGUGUCUGGUUAAGAGGGUUUUUAAGCUUCUACUGGUAUUGUGUUUGUAUUUUAGAUGCAAAUAAUGCAGGUGUUAUAGAUCUGUAGAGACUUAAAAGUACACCUUGCUCCAGAUAGUAAUUCAAAAGAUAUUGUACUUUUUAUUCCAUAAAACUGGUAGCAGCAUUUUGGGGAUUGAAUGAUACUUGAUGAAUCUAAUUUGUUAAGAAAGAUGCUUUCGAUUACUACCAACUGCUGUGUCCUAAUUAUUUAGUGCAGCACUUAAGGAUCUUAGUCACAUCAGCUUUUCGAUCUCAGUCUCUUCUGCUCUACGUCCCAGCUCUGGAUUUUAUUUUUCCUGAAAUAUUUUCCUACAGUAGAAAGUAAAGACCGUGCAAGAUGACAUCCCAGAACUUUUAUAGCUUCCUGUCUGUGUGAUAAUGCUUCCUUAAGUUUCGAUGUCUGACUUUGGUAUUGCAUAUUAACAUGACCUGCAUGCAAAGAAAGCGAUGUGCAAACUUGCUCACUACUGCAGCAUCCUUGCAGUUUAUAACAGAAAUGUCUUUCAUUUUCAAGGUUAUCUGCAGAUAAUUUUCACUUGCUCUUUGAGCAAAAGUGGAACUAAUGAACUUCACCAUGUCUUUCAUCAUAGAACUUUUUUGUUUUUGUUUUAAUGGAGAGGGGGCGGGCAGGGAUGGUGCAUUAAGAAAUCCUAGAUGCUUGAGCCAAAACUUGAGGCAGCAUGUCAACUUGACACUAGGCAUCCUUCUAAAGGGAAUUGUUUUUCCAGUAAUGUCUGGAGUACUUUGACAUGAGACAUGUUUUUUGUUAGUGAGCUGUGGUACACUGAAGGCCUAAAGCUCUUAGAAACUUGGGUGCUUUAUGCUGUUCAGUAAGGUAGUGAAGAUGUUGACAGUACCACUUGACUUAUGUGUAAACAUUUUAAAAAAAUCUAUGUCUUUUGCUUCAAAAAGAAGGAUGCAGUCUAUGAAGUCAAAUCUGUACAAAGUUUCGUGCCUCAAAAUACUUGUUGCAAAUAAAGAAAGUGAUCCACACAGACAUCCUUAACCCAUUAGGUAAGUAAAGCAGAAUAAAGAACCUUUGUGGGAUAAUUCAGUUACCAUAGGAUUAUUUAAAAUAUUUAUGGCUGUUGGUGACAGAAAUUGAUUGUAUCAGUCAUGUAGUAACAUUGGAGUGAGCACUUGAAAAGUGAAUCCAAUUGACCACCAGGGUCUCUGCAAAAGGCAGAUGCUGACAAAAUCCUCAGUUUGAGAAGAGCUCUGUAGCAAAAGCUAGAGAGCGUAAUUUUUCCCUACUAAAACAUUUGAAAUGCAAGAUUUAAAUUAUGAUUUUUUAUUAGUAGAAAUAAUUAUAUUUAGUUUAAUCUGUACUUUUGUAUAUUUUUUUUUUAUCGUUAGCUCAGCAAACUGCCUAUUUUUAAAAUAAUUUUCGUAAGCAACUUAAAUUCAACACCAAUUGACAAUAAAAUAAUAUAUGGAUAGGGGUAAGUAUAUGUACACAUUAAAGGAAUUCGGCCAUCUGCUAUUAAGUGUGUAAAAUGUAGAUUAGGAGCUAUUAUCUUUGGCUAGAAAGAUGAUACUUGAAGUAACUUAGUUUAAUAAUAAAUUUACAUUCAAAAUCUUGUCAGUUUAUACUUAUAUAUUUUUGCAUUCAUGGUUUUAAGUGCUGGAUACAUGACUGUUGACAAAAAAUGUGGUUUUGUCAAAUGUUAUUUUUAGUUGUCUGACCUCUAAUGACUUGUGUACCAUUUUGUGGACUUGUGAUUGUGUUACCAUUGAAGGGCAGAGCUUAUAGGACUAUCAUAAAAGAGCUGGCAUAAAGCUACAUUCCUCCUCCCUUAACUGUGUGUGUGUUUGAAUAGUGACAAAGCAUCCAUUUGUAGCUUAGCUUUGUUAAAACUCAUUUUAAAAAAAAGGGCAGAGUUGAAAGUGAUUAUCCUCUUUGUUCCAUUUGCCAGUCCCAUCCUCGUUUAAACCUUUUACUCUUAAAUAUGUUCCUAUUGUGCUUGAUACUUUUGCUAAACCUUUUUCCAAAUUAAAUCUCAACACCUGCAUUUUUUUAAAUAUUGGAAAAUUAUUCAUAAAGUUUUGGACUGGCACGAGGAGAGCAAUAGAUCCAAUUUUUUUUAAAUAAAAAAGCUUCAUAUGCUACUUAUUAUAACAGGUACAAUUACACAUUAUGUUCCAUAAUUUUGCCUCAUUAUUUUAUUUUUAUUUUUUUUCCCAAACAUUGCUUUGGCUGGUUGUUCACAAUUUUUUGAAAUCAACCAGAGAGUAAGUUUGAAAUUGCUUUUAUCAUUGUAACACAUACUCAAUCCAUCAUUAAAAGUAUAGGCUUGGUCUGUUGUCUCAGAGACAUCAAAAUGGAGGCAUGGUUGCAUUCAUUUGUUUUUAUUUUUUAAAUGCAGACUGAAUUUGUGGUAUGCGAUCAUAAAUUCUGUUCUGUGUACAUGUACCAAUAGCAACCAUGGUAUGAACUCACCAUGAGAGAAGCAUAGGCUUCAUUGCUGACCGAGUCCGCAAGAAUUUUAUUGAUUUAAACAGUCUGUUCCUUUCCAUCUUUAAUCAGAACGUGUUGCACCACCUCAUUUAUUUUGCUCAUCACAGUACAAUUAGAGCUGUGCUUCAAACAAAAGAGACAAGAAUACUGUAGCCAGUGGGACAACUGUUUUACACACACACUGCAUAAGUUGACAGGGUUUUGUUUUUUUUAAGAGAGCAUUAUUCUGUUAAAUUUUUUUUUUUCUUGUUGCUACAUGUUAUGAGAAAUCACAUUAUUUUAUGUUUCAUAGUAACAAAAUAUUUGUGGCAAGUAAAAGACUCGUGUAUAGCAUGCUAAAUUCAUUUAUGCUCUUCUUUUAUGGUUUUAUUCAUCUUUAAAACACUCUUUUAGUGCACACACACACACAUUGUAAACAGAAAGUAUGGAGACUAUUUUCCUGUUAAAGCUUAUGUAUGUUAGCAUGCAUGCACACAUGCUAAUUUGUAAUAGCGAGGACAUUGUAAGCUUAAUUUUUGCAUCAUUUUUAUGGCAAGGUGGUUGUAUAUAUUUAAGUACUGUGAGAAGAUCAGAUGUGUUGUUCUGCGUACUAGUUAUCUAUUUUAACUGAUUGUCAUCUUUCUUUGAUGGUAUAUGCUGAUUUCGACUAGUUUCAGGUAUAAUUCUAAAAGUUUUUCUAGUGUCUACAAGUGAUGUCAAUCUAAAUGGAAUUUCAGUUUGAAUUGGAAGAAACCUCUCAAUAUUUUGAAGUCACUAGGUCUAGCACAUCACCUGAUGCAAGAAAACUUAAGGCAUUAAGAAUGCCUUACGCAAUGCAAAUUAGGGCUUGGUGAAUUAAGAAGCUAUUAAAUAAUCUUAUGCCAUGCUCUCUCACUCCUUGGUCUUGGCACUUUGCCAUUGCUGUGAUAAAGCAAAUUCUGCCAAGUGCUUUAAUCCUGCUACAUGAUCUAGUUAAAUGAAUCCAAUAGCAGCAGCUUUUAAACAUUUUGUAGGUGUAUGUUGAAGGAUUUAACCUUUGACAACCUGUGAAGAAACCUGCAAGGAGCUGUGUUUGUGCGUUAUCAGAAUUGUGUGAGCAGCACAGAUUGCUGGAUGGUAGCACCUUCAUAAGAAAGAUGAGGGCCGUAGUAGCUGUGUGGUCAUGUCAUGCCUGUACACUUUCUGGUACUGGUUCAGUAGACUGUGCAGUCUUAUAGAGGCUUUCCUGUUGACUCAUUUGCAGGCAGUUCUUGUGUACUGAGAAUUUAUCAUAGCAAAUAAGUCAAAUUAAAGUUGCAUUCAAAAUGUA